AUGGAGUGGACCGGCGCAGGUGUUGCGGACCAGCGGACGUGGGGCUGGUACCCCAACGGCCUGUUGGCCAUGGCGCACAGCCCUGGCAUGACCCACUUUGCGCCGCCGUAUCGCAAGGGCGACCGGCUGGGCCUUCACGUCGACCUCGGCCAGCACAAGAUCGCACUCUACAAAAACGGAGUCCAAGUGACGCCAACCAUCUACGAUCCAAACCUGCGCGCUGGGGAGAGCGAGGCGCUGUUCGCCGCGAUGUGCUGCCACUCUGCGGACUGCGUGGCGACGUUCGCUGUGUGCCCCAAGCUGCCCCCCGUACGCGACUACCUCCACACCAUGGCCAACCUGGCCAUGCCCUUCUGA